AGUUACAGGCCGAUAGUAGAGUACAUUGAUACGCAGUUUGAAAAUUAUUUGCAAGAAGAGCUGAAAAUCCGCCGAUCUCUCUUCAACUAUCAUGACACGAGGAUUCACGUCUGCCUGUACUUCAUCACCCCCACCGGGCACUCACUCAAGUCCUUGGACCUGGUGACAAUGAAGAAGUUGGACAGCAAGGUGAACAUCAUCCCCAUUAUUGCCAAAGCAGACACCAUCUCCAAGAGCGAAUUGCACAAGUUCAAGAUAAAGAUAAUGAGUGAGCUGGUCAGCAAUGGUGUGCAGAUCUACCAGUUCCCCACGGACGACGAAGCGGUGGCUGAGAUCAACUCUGUGAUGAACGCCCAUCUGCCCUUCGCCGUGGUCGGCAGCACGGAGGAGGUGAAGGUUGGGAACAAGCUGGUGAGAGCCCGGCAGUACCCGUGGGGAGUGGUGCAAGUGGAGAAUGAAAGUCACUGUGACUUUGUGAAACUGCGGGAGAUGCUGAUUCGAGUCAACAUGGAGGAUCUUCGGGAGCAGACUCACACCCGCCACUACGAGCUCUACAGGAGGUGCAAACUGGAGGAGAUGGGCUUUAAGGACACGGAUCCAGACAGCCAGCCCUUCAGCCUCCAAGAAACAUACGAGACCAAAAGGAAAGAGUUCUUGGGCGAGCUCCAGAAGAAAGAGGAGGAAAUGAGACAAAUGUUUGUUAACAAAGUCAAGGAGACAGAGGCAGAGCUGAAGGAGAAGGAGAGAGAGCUGCACGAGAAAUUUGAGCACUUAAAAAGGAUACACCAGGAAGAGAAAAGGAAGGUGGAGGAGAAGAGGAGGGAGCUGGAGGAAGAGAUGAACGCUUUCAACAGGCGGAAAGUAGCGGUGGAAACCUUGCAGUCCCAAUCCUUGCAGGCUACCUCACAGCAGCCGCUGAAGAAGGACAAAGACAAGAAAAACAGAUCAGUACUAGCAGGAAACCAGUCAGGAGUCAGCCUCUCCAGCUCCAAGGUGAUGAUCACCAAAACCAGUGUGGAGCCCUUGAGCUGCACGAGCUGGUGGCAGGCCAUCCAGUGCUGUAGCUGUUUGGUCAAGAGCGCGCCGUGGCGGGAAGGAUUCCUCUGAGGCAGCCCAGGGAGUAGAUGGGGCCCGUUGGACAUCACCGUGGCAUGGAACUGGGGAGAAGAUAAAAUAUAUAUAUAUUAAAAAACAAACAAAAAAGCAGAGGUCAGUGAACUUUGUAUGUUUUCCUAUGUUAUCAACCAGAAAUACAGACUUAUUUCAUCUCGUAUCAGGAAACCUAAAGGGUUCUCCCUCCCCUUCUCUUUUUUCUUUUUUUUUUUUUUUUUUUUUUUUUUUUUUUUUUUUUUUUGUGUUUUGUGUUUGUACUUCCCAACCACGGAACUGGGGGUUUUUUGAGCUUAUAAUGAAUGUACAAGGUGUGUGUUUCCUAACAAUUUCUGAAGUUUCUACGUUGCCCAGAUUGUUAUCCGGGAGAUUCAGUUCAGGCCAGAGGCUGUGGAGAGAGUCAGAGCAGUAACUGGCGCCUGAACUCGGAAUUCCCUGAGGAAACAAGCACCUGAGAGAUGCAGCUUUCACAAUCAGCAGCCUCAGACGGCUCAAUAUUUGCACAUAACUUUAAAAAAAAAAAAAAAGGGAUCCAGGAUGUGUUCGUAUCACAUGAUUUUUGCCUUACUAGCACACAAUCGUUUCUUGAAGAGAAAGUUUAAUCGUUUUUAUCAAACGUUCCCCAACUGCGAUGGGAACCAAGUGCCAGAUCAGGGUAGUGUCAUUGCCUGAAAGAAGGGUGAAUAAUUAGUGGGGUGAAAAGGGAAAUGGUUGAAGAGAAAACCUGUGUGAGAAAUGUAGCAAAACUCUGACAGCUUUCUCUGUACAGUAUUACUAGAAUGGAAAUAGUUAGAAAUAUUUUUGCAGUGUGUAUUUAAAAAAAAAAAAUAAAAAUGGCGUAUAGUUGUGCAUCAUGAGAAUCUUUUUAACGUCCAUUUUAGUUGUCCUUUAAAGAUGAAAGUAAAUUUUUUGAGCAAAAUGAAAGGUUUUAAAUACUAGAAAAUUUUAAAAAUAAUUUAAAAAAAAUAAACAUUCUUCAAAAGACUUGCAGAUAGCUGAGAACAGGUAGUUUGCAAAGCAUCUUGGGAAGGAUGUGUGGGUGUGUGUAUGUGUGCGCAUCUGUGUUUUCUAGGCUUAUUUGAUAAUGAGCUGUUUCUUUAAAGAAAACAAAAAAAAUUUAGCAAAACUUAGUGCUUACGAUGUUUAAGAAACCCAUGGGUGUUGCUGUGUAAAGAUCCCAGUGAAGCUUAUCUAGUAUCGUUCUUUCCAUUCUCGAGAUCUCAGCUGGAGAGCGUUUACAGCCACUCUGCCCCGCCAGCAUCCUCACCGAUGGUAUUACCUGUACAAAAAAAGAUAAAAAAU